AUGUAUAUUGAACAAAGUUUUGAGUGUGCGGGCGACGAGGUGCUUGUGGAGUCUUCGCCGCCCGCCUCCCCCGACAUGGCGGCCCAACUGGCUGCGCCCACGCAGGGCACAAGCGCUGGGAACGCGUCGCCGAGCACUGUGAGAGACCUUAUCGUGAUACCGGAGAUACCUAACACAAUACAUCUGUCGCAUGCUAUACAGCAGGUAUCAACAGCGGUGGUGGAAGUGAACGGCGAUAGUUCUGGUCAUUCUAGUCCCAACAAUGAAACGCAACACACGUAUAUUGUCGCUAUGCAGGAUGUUUUGAAGACGGGAUCAGUGGAAGCGGUCUACGUUAAGGCUGAGACCAGCAGUGGUGAUGAAUGCGAGGGAGGGAAUGGCGUCAACUACCAUCUUCAAUAUGUGGAGCCGCAAGAGAUCUAUACCCAAGGGCCGCAAGCACAUAUGGAAACGCUCCGCGCGUACCCGGUGUUCGGCGUUGCGAAUGUGGAGCCGGUGAACGCGGAGGCGGGUGCCGGCGCGGACGGCGAGUGGAGCGGCGAGUUCACGUUCAGCGCGGAGGGCGCGGGGGCGGGGGCGGGAGCCGGCGCGGGGGCGGGCGGGGGCUCGGGCGCCGGUGCGGGGGCGGGGGCGGGGGGCGCGGCGGGCGAGCAGCCCACCUCGCCCGCGCCGCCGCCUCGCAUGCCGCCCGCCACCGUGCAGUGGCUGCUCGAUCAUUAUGAGACGGCUGAAGGUGUGUCCCUUCCCCGAUCUACACUAUACGCACACUACCUACGUCACUGCGCCACACACCGUCUGGAACCAGUGAACGCGGCCUCCUUUGGCAAGCUCAUUCGCUCCGUGUUCGUGGGGCUGAGGACGCGGCGUCUCGGCACUAGAGGCAACUCGAAGUACCACUACUAUGGGAUACGCGCGAAACCGACCGCACCGCGCGAUUCUCCAACAUUCCAGAACAAAUUGGAUCUGGAUGAACAGCAGGAGCCGCGUGAACGUGAACCGGAACAAAAUGCAGUUGGGCUCAACGGCGUGGCACAUCGCCAGUUCUUGGGUACGGUUGUCCCACCGGAUCCUCCAGAACUGUUCAUAGAUGACAUGCCAGAAGACGUGCCUCCAAAUGCUUUGCAACUACUCAAGAACCAUCAUAGGGAUCACGGCGUAGAGUUCCUGGAAGCGGUGGCCGCGCUGGACACGGCGGCGGUGGAGCGCGCGCGCCGCAACUUCUGGAAGCGGCCGCCGGCGGAGCUGUGCCGCCGCGCGCUGUUCCGGCUGGCGGCGCGCCGCGACGUGGCCGUGUGGCUGCGCAGGGCGGAGCUCGAGCUGCACCAGCGCGCCGUCGAGCUGCUGCUGCCGGACGUGCUGCGCCCCAUACCCUCGCAGCUCACGCAGGCGAUCCGCAACUUCGCGAAGACGCUGGAGUCCGCGCUGUCGGCGGGGUCGUGCGGCGCGCCCGCGCUGGCGGCGCGCGCGCAGGCGUCGGCCGCCGCCGCGCUGGCGGGCGCGCUGCGCCGCUACACCUCGCUCAACCACCUGGCGCAGGCCGCGCGCGCCGUGCUCACCAACCAGCACCAGAUACAGCAGAUGGUGUCGGACCUGAGCCGCGUGGACUUCCGCGUGGUGCGCGAGCAGGCGGCGUGGGCGUGCGCGUGCGGCAACGCGCCCACCGCGCACAAGCUCGAGGCGGACUUCAAGGCGACGCUGGGGCGCGGCGCGUCGCUGGAGCAGUGGGCGGGCUGGCUGGAGGCGUGCGUGCGCGGCGCGCUGGCGCCGCACGCCGCGCGCGCCGACUUCACCGCGCGCGCGCGCCGCCUGCUGCUCGACUGGUCCUUCUACUCCUCGCUCGUCAUCCGCGAGCUCACGCUCAGGUCGGCCGCGUCGUUCGGCUCGUUCCACCUCAUCCGGCUGCUGUACGACGAGUACGUCGCCUUCCUCAUCGAGCGCCGCGUCGCCGCGCACCGCCGCGAGCCACCCAUCGCCGUCAUGCAGCGCGCGCUGGACGAAGAUGACGAGUUGCCCGAGGAGCCGGUUCGCGAAGAAGAAGAAGGGGAUGCGGGGGACGGGGGGGACGGCGAGUGGGAGUGGGGGGAGGAGGAUGACGAUGACGACGACGAGCUCGACUGUAAAAAGGCGCGCCUCUCUGAAUAGCCUCGGUUUCCCGAUUGGGAUUUUCUGAACCUGCCGCUUUAGUGAGCCUCAUCACCAAGCUUCUAAGGGCAAAUUUAUUAGAGACUAUAAACCACAUGGUUCUGUGCAAAUGUGCGUUGAUUCAGUUUAAAAUGUUGUGAAUUGAACAUAAAACAUUAUUUUUGCUUACUGGCAAUUUCUCGGUUGCCACAAAAGUUGCUAUAAUCCAUAAAAGUGACAAGUGAUUUGAAGUGUCAAAAUCAACGGAUUCCUUUUACCCGGUAUUUCUGGGUACUCUAGAUUUAAACCAAAAACACUAAUUGGUUUAAAGGGUACGAAGUUUCAAACAAAGAAGUCUAGUCACUUAGAUAAUGUUACAUAACUAAGUAACUACCUACGUUUUAAUUCUUGUUAAAAUACAAGUUUAUUGUCAAAUAUGUGUUAGAAAUUAAUUAAAAUAUGUUUAACGUGAGUGGAAUAUUUCCACGCCGGGAUUAUUACAGGUGGAGACAGUGGUAUCGCCUUAAGAUUUAAACAUGUUCGGUUGGACUAAAAAAAUCAAAGCAAUUAAAAUUUGCUCUGUCUGGUAACCAGCCGCAAGAUAAAACAGUUUAGGUUAUAAAAGCUAUCCGUUGUGUUAUGGUAAACCAAUUAAGUUCAGAACGCGUCAUGGCUCUUCUUCAUUGCCAUAACGCGCCGUAACCAUUUUUAUUAGAGCCAUAACAUGAAUUUCGCUAUUUGGAUUUAUUUACUUUGUCGACAACAUGAUGCGAGCUGUUUAUUUGGUGAAUAAUAAUUUCGCUUUUUGUGCGUAUUAUAUAGCAAACCCAAAGAAGAAUGAAAAUGGUAUUUUAUGGAAAUAAAUGUUUCGCAGUUUCUGUUAUGGGUAUUGUUUUUUUUUUCUUAAGGCGAUACCGUGAUUAUAAAAGUAUAGAUAUCUUAGGAUAUUAUCUUAGGAAAUGAAAAUAUUGCUAUUUAGGUAUCUUAGAUUAAUACAAUGUUACAAUCUAAGAUCUAUUGUAAAUAUACUUCCAAGUUUCAAAUAGGUCUAAGUAAAAUUAUUUUUGGAAGCACCAUUUAUAAUUAUAAUUUUAGUAACCAAAGAUUAUCUUAUUUAUUUUUAUGUGAAGCACAAAUUUUAGUUAUAUUCGCGGGUUUAUUUCAGAAUAAGAGACAACAGAGUUGUCUGAGGCGCAUGUAUGUAGACAAUCAUUGAGCCUCUUUAAUUGCAUGUUUUUAAACCUUAUAAAAAUUAAUAGUAUAUUAUUCGUAGUUAAAGAAAGAGAAAUCAAUGUUAAUACUUAAUAGCUUUUUGUAUAAAAAUGAUAAAAUAUCACACAAAAUAUUUUGGAUAACAAGAUUUAACCCGACGGCUAGCAGCAACAUUGGAUUUUUGAGAAAUUAAGUCUAGUUUUAAAGUGUUGUAUUUAUCAUAGAGUAUGCGGGUUUAAAAAUUAUUUGUGUAUUUUUAUGUAUAUUGCACUGUAUAAAUUUGGCACAGUAGUUGGUGCAAAUAAACCGUCUCGUCGUUACCUGAAGGAGGCCUAAGUCAUUUAUUGUAAGUAUCGUUUAAUAUGUUAUCUUUAUGUCAUAAAAAAAGAUACACGAUUUAUAUUCAGAAAGAGCGUAAAGGUCUUUUUUACGUAGAUGAGAUAUUUCAGGUCAACUUCUUAAACUAUUUCUUUCUGCUCAAAUAUUAAUGUCAAACAUAUAUUUACACAAAUUGAUGUCAUUAUAGUUAGGCUUUCAGUUUCUAAGUACAUCUUUUCCCGGUAAAUAUAAAUUAUUUUGCUAAGUAAUCUAGAUUGUUGGUUGGACGUUGAACGCUAUUUUGUUUAUAGACUCAGGAAAAUAGAGCAUGCAUUGUCUAUGGCCCUAUGGAUAUCCAUAUUAUAUUUUUGUACACAGUAAUUAAUGCCUUUGUUGUUGCCUUACAUACACUUUACCUCAAAUAAAAUGCGUUAAUGAUAAUUUUUACGGUUGUGUUUCAAGCAAAUAAGCGUUGUUGUGAAUUACCAUUUGCGUCUUACGAGGAAUCUGUAUACGUAGUGAAGUGUAAUCGAUGUCACGUCUGUCCAUAAGUAGUUAAAUGUUUUCUGCUAAGCGUAUAGGAGAAUAAGCCUUACUUCUGUGUAUUUACGUCUAUUAUACUAUGACAAUAUUUAAUAUUUAUCAGAAACUAGGAAUUUGUACACGGCUCACCGGUGCCUGCAGAUUUAUGAAAUAGAAAUCGGUAUUUUGCCUUAUUGUCGCAUUGGGGAAUUAUUUUCGUCGAUAUAUCAAUAAAGAAUGUUUAAUAUUUUUGCAUUGAUGUCUAAAUUGCACUAGGCGUAGAUAAAUGUUGUGUAAAUGUGAACUUCACUUCGUCUACGUAUUUUGUUUAGAUGUAAGCUAAUAUUAAUAUUCAAUAUACAAUAAAGGAGUCAAGAUUUCUGUCUAUGUUUAUGGAAAUUAAUAUUUUCAUAAAAACCUCCUUACCGAUGCGAUUAAUGAAAAGUUUUCCCUGAUUUUUGCUCUUCUACACUUAUUUUGUGAAUAUCGGAGAUCGAGUGAAGUUCUCAUAAUAAAUGUACUUAUAUUCAGACCCAGUUUAAAUGUAACCAUAAGUGUAAAGGUAUGUAAAGAGUAUCUCAAAUAAGCGUGUGGAGCUUGAAGCUUUAUCAAAUAUUUAAAAUGUUGAAACGUUAAUUUUUAAAGGAUUCUAAUUUUUAUCUGAUGUUGAAAUAUUUACGAGGCUACUAUGAUUAGUUAAAGAAACUAAGUAAUUAACAUUUUUAAAAAACACGAAUAGUGUUAUCAGUUUUUAUUUAUUUAUAGUAAUAUGGAUAUGGAUUAUAAUUCAUCACAGUUUAUAUAGUUGCUUCAAAUAAGAUUUUCUACCAACUCAUUUCGUUUUUUUAACUUGCCCAUGCGUAACAACCUUAUUAUUCCACGAUCCAUUUUAGUUUAUUAUACUACUACUAAAUUCGCCGUUUUGUAUAAUCAUUAACUCAUUGUAACUUCAUAACAAGUAUUCAACUGUAAAAAAAAAUAUUUUAAAGAGCUGAAAUACCUUCAAUUAUAUUUCACCUUUGAAAUGGUUGAUUUCAAGGUUGAAUAAAAUAAAAUCAAUAUAAGGUGCACACAUUUCGUUAUUGUUAAGCUUCAAGCUGCAUGCGUGAGAUGCACGAGCUUAUUUUGUAUUGAGCUAGAUAAGGACUUAGGUCUGUUAAAUGUUUAUGAACAACGAAUUAAAAUUGACUGCAUUCCUAUUGUUGUAGUCGUUUGUGAGCAUUUCUGUUAAAUUCUGAUUAAAAAUAUGAUUCUUAAAGGUACCUAUAAUAAUCGGUAAGUUACCAAUUGUUCAUAUGACAUACCAUCUAAAAUCGAGAUGUGGUUUCCAAUAAACAAUAAAACAGGCGAUCUAUUCAACCAAUAUAUAAUUACAACCGUAAAAAGGAAAGAAAGACUUUCUAAAGUUUUGUUUCACAAAACAAUGUAGACAUUCAUAUGAUCCAGAUUAUAUUUAAAUAUGCUGGAAGCUCACACUAAAUUAUUCUUAUAUAUCCAGGAAUGCAGUCACAAAUAUAGUAUGAGUGUUACUUAAGUGACAAAAUGUGUUUGUAUGGCUAAUGUUGGAUAUGGUUGAGCACACUUGGAAAGGAUAUGUAUGCAUUAUGUAUCGGUAUCAGAAAUAAAGCUAGUCAUGUGUUGAAAA